AUGCAAAAUCAAAAUCAAGAAUAUAGUUCAAGAAGUGCAUCAGCCAUUAGUUUCGAAGACAUUAGUGAAUUUGUCUAUAAUUCUCUAGUAUCUUUAGAAGGAACUAAUGAGCAAUACAAAAGUGAUUCAUUAGAGCUUUAUAUUAAUUUUGACAUUCAACUGUUACAAAAUAAUAAUGAGUUAAUAAAAGAUUAUACACCUAAACAACUUAAAGAAUUGGGUGAUCAAAUAAUAUUUCUUAUAGAAAAAGGAGACAGCUAUAGUUGGAUUUACAAAAGUUCAAAUAGUAUUUUAAAUCAUUUAUACGAAGUUCUUGAUCAGACACUUCUUACUCUAUCACAAAGUAAACUAAACAGUGAACUUUGGUUAAAAUCAGUUUGCUCUAAUUUCAAACCAUUAGAAAGUAUAAUCGAAGAUAUUAAAAAAUUUGAAGAACAUAGGACUCAAAGAUAUUUGAACCAAAAUACGAUAUAUUGGAAUAUGUAA